GGAGCCAGUUGGUGGCACGGCACUGCUCGGUGAAUCGUAGCUUCAUUGAUUGCGAUGUCGUACGCCGGGUCGACGGACGCCAGAGGGGUGAGACGAGGGGUUGCGAAGUGGAACGUGCAUUCAGGAACGUGUCACGCAAACUAGGCACCACGUUGACGUAUUUCCAUUCAAAAUUUGUAUAGCAGAAACCUCAAGAAAUUGCAAUACUUCUAUUUACAGAGGAAGGCUUUUCAAAAUUUGGAAUUUUAUAAAGGUCGCUUUAGACGAAGGCUAUGUAUGUUUGCCGCAUUUUACAUUUAUCGUGAUAUUCAAUGCAUUGUUUGUUAAAAGAUAUCCUUAAAAAAUAACUUUAGGAAAUAGUUAUAAAGGAUGAAAAGGGGAUAUCGAUGUUCUUGGACAGGGGUGCCCUAGACGAUUGGCCACCAUUCACGGUCCGGUGGUGCGUUUGUCAGCCUUUUAACUCUUCAUUCACCAGCCAUUGACAAUCGUAACGAAACGAAUUGGUGACGGUUCUCAUCGUUUUUCACCGAUGGUACAGAACACGUCGCUCAACUCUGUGACCGUCCUCGUUUAUCGUCGUGCAAUUACGCCCACAGCGAUAAAUCUUGCAAAUUUUUCAUUCUCGGUGCUCGAGAACCAAUAACGUCCAACCCAAGUCAAAUUACGUCAGAUUACUUGCAUCAAAACCUGCAUCAAAACCGAACUUCCGACACGGAACGAUAUUUGCAACAACAAAUUUCAACCCUUGGAACUAAAAUAAACCCUGGAACGGCCUUUCACCCCGAAGUGAGGUGAAACAAAAGUUGGCCGAGUCGGAAAAAGGCAAAGAACAACGUGGAUCUCCGUGAAAUUCCUCCGGACAAAGUUUUCCCAUUAGAGACCGCUCCCCUUCUAUCCGGCAGAAGAGCGGAUAGGCAAACAAAACCCAUAGGAAGAGGAAACGUAAGCCGUCGAAUCGUCCCGAGCUGGUCCAAAAAUCAUCCGUCGACCCGGCAUGGAUCUGCGCGCGCGCGCCGGCAACUAUCUGCGCAGGAGGGAGGAACGAAGAAGUCGGCUGGUGGGGUGACGACGGUCGGGGAAUAUAGUCGGAGGGGUGUACGGUGGGGGUGAGCGCGAGGAAUCGAGCGAACGACGCGACGCGUGAUGCUCGUGCACGCGAUAGUAGUAGUCCGUCGUAACGACGUCGAUGACGUCGACGGAGGGCGCUGCCGACGCGGUCCACUUAAUCGCUGCUAGUAGUAGUAGUCGGUGGUGGUGGUGGGAAUCGUAGUGGCGUGCGUACACGAGGCGACGCCGCGACGUGCUCGUGUGAUCACGGGGGUAGGGGAGAGGCUCGACAGCGUGCGCGCCGCUUUUGCCUGGAGAGAGGAGAGGAGAAGAGAAGAGAGUAGGAGAACGUAAAGAGAGAAGGAAGGAACGAGGCAGCCGGCGACGGUGAAACGAAAGGGUGGUUCGCUAGCGGUUACAGUUUAGUCCCGUGAGUGCGUGGUGUUGCGGCGUGUGGUCACCGAAUCGGCCGGUUGCGAGCGCGUUGCCUCGAACGAAACAAGAUCCGCCGGCACGCUUCCGGUCUCACGGAAGCAUCUAUCAAUCUCGGCGUCAAGGAUCGUGCGUGUACUCUGGCGCGCCGCCACGCUCUCUCGUUUCUUAGAAGGGUGUGCGAUCGCGCGAGCUUGUGUGUAUGUGCGCGGAGGGAAAAGCGAGGGCGAGCCCGAGGGCGAAAGAGAGAGAGGGCACGUAGGUGUGUGCGCGGCGGCGGCGGUGGCGGCGGCGGCGAGGUUGGUGGCGGUAGCGGGUAGAGAGAGAGUGGUGCACGGACGUGUGGCGGUGUCGAGUCGUGGUGGAUGGUGGAUAGUGGCGGUUCGGGCGGUAGGUCGGAUCGGUCGGUUGAUCGUCGUCUUCGUCGUCGUCGUCGUCGUCAUCGGCGUCGUGAUCGUCGUCGUGGUCGGUGACGAGGAGAGUACGAAGACAGAAGAGGGAGAGGAGAAGGUGAGAAAGAAAGGGGAAGGAGCGUGGAGGCGCGAGGGAGGAAGAAUAUAGAGGAACGCGAACACCGAGAACGUGGAGGCGAGACGAUCACGGGACCGGAGAGAAGAGACGCGAGGAUGAGAUCGAUAAGGAGGGAGCCGAGGUGGUGCGGGUUUCGCGAAACGGGAACGCCGCGGCGCGUGUAGACACACGGCUGGUAAACAGACGCGCGUAAAAUACGCACGCACGCGCCCCGACCACUCUGCUCGCCCCGUGUCGGCAGAGGGUUCGCGGAAGAGAGUCGGUUCUCGCGACUGGACACCGCGACACGAACGGAGAUCAGGAACUCAGUCCCGUCCGAAGGAUUCGCGAGACGGAGGGCGAGGGAGAGAGGAGCGAUCGGAAGAGAUACGGAGGAAGAGGGAAGAUUAAGGAGAAUAUCGGUACGGUGCGCCGGUGGAGUACGGAUUCGUCGCGGAAACAGGAUCGUCCUCCUCUCUUUCUCUCUCCCCCUCGAUCUCUAUCCAUCUCCACUCGAUGGGCUUUGCCGGUGAAAGAAGGUCAAAGAUCGAUCGUCGAGUACGAGGGUCGUGACCUCACGCAUACACGGGACGAGCCACGCGUGCGGCACGGCUUUCCAGCAAGAAGGUGGAUCCUUGGCAAGGAAUAGAAGGAGAAAGAAAGGAGAGAGAAAGAGAACUGGCUUGCCGGUGAUUCGAGUUGGUUAAGGUGGAUCUGUUGAACGAUGAAGCCGAUCGAUCGCCGGACCUCUCUUCGAUCGACGCGUUAGGCGUUGUCGUCAAUGCUCGCCGCUCGCGGACAAACAUUUUCGCGUAGAAUAGAAGAGCUGCCAAACCGAUUCGGGACCACGUUGCGUGAAAAAUUGCAACGGAAACGAGAAUCUCGAGCGGCGGAUCGGCACUCGAUUGGAUGGACACCGUGGCAUAACAGGACGAUCGAAACGGAUCAUCGAGGAUCGGCACACGUGCCUGAAACGCGAAACACGUCGCGUGACGCGGAGGAUAUGCUUGUAGCUGAUCCGCGAGAAGUAACGAUAGAUCAACGCGAAUCGCGUAGAAAAAUCAUAGAACGCUAGAGAAAAACGAAAUUAGAAAGACACGACGAAAUUAUUCUCGGCGCACUCGAAUAAAUUACUCGCGCGAAGAAAGUAUCGAGAAAGAUCGACCAAUUUAUUAUCACGAGUCUUAAUUAUCGAGUUAUCCGAGGAGCAGCGAACGUAGAGACAUAGUGAGCAAUCUCACGAAAUCCUGCACGAGAAGGCGGAAGAAUUAUUCGCGCGAACUGCGAACCAUUAAUCAGAGAAAAACGAUUGAUAGAAAGUAUAGAACGGAAUCGAGAAACAAUGUCGCGAGAUCCGUACUCGAGCGGAAGCGGAGUGGUCGGGCCAGGAGGCGGUACUCGUUCGCCUCGAAGCGGUCGUCGCGUAGGCGAGUUGCCCACUGUCGAUCGUAGCCCGUCGAGAAGCUACGCGAGCGGUCGUGGCAGUCCUUUGGGUCGCAAGAGAGGCACUCGUAGCGGGAACAACUCGCCGGAGCACCUCGGAUUCGGCAGCUACCAUCACCAUCAGCUGGGCAGUCCGUACUACUCCCGCGACGAGGACCUCGCCAGUCCCGUGAUGCUCGAGGAGAGGGGCAGGAGUAUGUCAACCGGGGGCGGUGGGGGCGGACAUCACAGAUCCAGAAGCGCCUCGAGACCCGCCAUGUCCAGCUCGGCGGGCAUGUCAGCGAGGUAUACCAGCCUUGAUCGUGCAUCCGCGGGUAUUCUCGAUCACGAUCGCGAGUUCGUGCCGAUACGCGAUCCUCGUGAACGUAGCCGCGAUCGUGGACUCUACCUGGAAGAUGAGCUGUACGGUUCGAGAUCGGCAAGACAGAGCCCGAAUACGCACAUGCUGCGUGACAGCGGUGGCUAUAUCGGUGAACUCCAACAUCAGAACAACGAUCUCCAACGAGAGCUCGGGAACCUCAAGAAGGAGCUCGAGCUGACGAACCAAAAGCUCGGCAGCUCGAUGCAUAGCAUCAAGACCUUCUGGAGUCCCGAGCUCAAGAAGGAGAGAGCACUGAGAAAAGAAGAGAGUUCCAAGUACAGCCUGAUCAACGAACAGCUGAAGCUGCUCAGCUCCGAGAAUCAGAAACAAAGUAUGAUGGUUCGACAAUUGGAAGAGGAGCUGAGAAUGCGGAUGCGAGGGCCAAGCGUCGAGAUGCAGCAGCAAAUGGAAGUUUUGUACAACGAGAACGAGCAUCUGACGCGAGAGAUCGCCAUACUUCGUGACACGAUCAAGGAACUGGAAUUGAGAAUAGAGACACAGAAGCAAACCCUGCAAGCUCGUGAUGAAAGCAUCAAGAAGCUGCUCGAGAUGCUCCAAAACAAGGGGAUGGACAGAGACCGUACGAAAAUCUGGACACCGAGCAGACAUACCAAGAGCUUCUCGUUGCUUUCUGCUGUUCCAGGAAAAGAGGAGGAAAGGAUCAUGUUCCAGCAGAUGCAGUCAAUGGCCCAGAAGCAGCUUUCUGAGGAGCUGGACGAGCUCCGGACCGAAGUGCAGCGUAGGGAUCAGGAACUACUCGCGAUGUCCGCCAAGAUGAAAACCCUCGAAGAGCAGCAUCAGGAUUACCAACGGCACAUCACCGUGCUCAAAGAGUCGCUCUGCGCCAAGGAAGAGCACUACAACAUGCUGCAGGCUGACGUGGAGGAAAUGCGGCAGCGGCUCGAGGAGAAGAACCGGAUGAUCGAGAAAAAGACGCAGGCAGCGAUGCAGGCGCAACAGGAACGCAAUCGUAUGAACACCGAGCUGACUGAGCUCAAGGAUCACAUGGACAUCAAAGACAGGAAGAUUAACGUGCUUCAGCGUAAGAUCGAAAAUCUAGAGGAUCUGCUGAAGGAGAAGGACAACCAGGUCGACAUGGCCAGGGCGCGUUUAACGGCAAUGCAGGCGCACCACUGCAGCAGCGAAGGUGCCCUCAGUAGCCUGGAGGAGGCGAUAGGAGAUAAGGAGAAGCAAAUGGCACAAUUACGGGAACAGAGGGACCGGGCGGAGCAGGAGAAACAGGAAGAAAGGGAAUUACACGAGAGGGAAAUCGCCGAGUACAAAAUGAAAAUUCACGCUCUCGAGUCCGAAGUUGAGAAAUUGGGCGCCCGUUUGGAAAGAGCACAAGCAGAAAAAGACCGGCUGGAAGCGAAGCUGGAAAGUUCACAGUCUGAGCUCGGCAAGAGCAAAGCCGAACUGGACAAGGCUGCGUCCGAGGUUGGUCGUAGCGGAGCCGACUGGGAGGCUGCCAAACAGAGACUGACCAGGCUCGAACUGGAGAACGAAAGGCUCAGGCACGAUCUCGAAAGGUCUCAGAGCACUUACGGCAGAAGCACGCUCAAUUCCUCUCAGGAAAUGGACAGGAUCUCCGAAAGAGCCGAGAAGACAGCCGCGGAACUCAGGAGGGCUCAGGCUGAGCUCAGGGUCACCCAGGCUGACAACGAAAGAGCUAGGGCUGAAGCUGCUGCUCUGCAAGAAAAGGUGGAAAAGAGUCAAGGUGAGGUGUACAGACUGAAGGCCAGAUUGGAAAAUGCUCAGGGUGAACAAGAGAGUCUUCGAGAUGAAUACGAUCGAGCACAGGCUUCGGUGGCUCGUCUGCACUCGGAACGGGACAAGGCAAUCGCGGAACUUGAGAAAACACAAGAGGAACUGGAACGGACACAGGCUACUCUGGGCAAGGCACAACUUCAACAGGAUAAAUUGCAAAAUCUACUGGACAAAACGCAAAGUGAAGUGGACAAGCUUCAAGAGAAAUUGGAUAAAACGCAAACGGAAAUUCGCAGGAUGCAAAUGGAAAAGGAAAAGCAGAACUACGAUUUCGAAAAUUUGCAAAGCCAACUGGACAAAGCGCUCGGCCAAUCGACAAGGAUGCAGAAGGAACGGGAAACGAUUCAAUUGGAAGUCGACCGGUUGCAGGAUAAGUACGAGAAAGCUCAGAUGAUAAUGCAACGACUACAGAAGGAGAGGGACAACUUUCAGGAAGAAACAGAGAAACUGCACGAGAGGAUAGAGUUCCUACAGAAUCAAAUAGCAAAAAUGCAACGGGACAAGGAGAACGUACUAUCGGAACUCGAAUUAGUUAAAGAGAGAUGGGAGAAGGCUCACAAUUCUCACCAGAAGUUAACCCUUGAACGAGACGACGCUAUGACUGAAAUCGAAAUCCUGAAGGAGAAACUGGAGAAAGCGCAAUACUCGAUGAACAAGGCUCACGAGGAACGGGAGAACGCGAACAAGGAGUUCGAGAAGAUGCUGGAGAAGUACGACAGAGCCCAGAGCGAGGUGUAUCGGCUGCAAAAUCGCAUCGAAGUGAUGGAAGCUGACAAAGACAGACUAGAGCUCGAGGCGGAAAAGCAACAGAUGUUGGCAUCGAAGAGUCGCGACGAGGCGAGGAAAGCCCAGGAGGAAUUGGCCCGCGUGCAAGAGAUGUACGAUCGAGCGGCUCUCCAAUUAGGUCGCACGAAGGAACACGAAGAGAAAUCGAAGGAAGAUCUAGAUAGGUUAGCGGUGGAUCUGGAAAUGGUACGGGAACGUUACGAGAAAUCGCAGAUCGAGCUACGCAGGUUACAGAACGAGAGAGAGAAACUUGUAGCUGACAACGAGAGGAUCAGUUUCGAAUUGGAGCGCGCUCACUCCCAAUUGACCAAGGCUCAGGCGGCGACCGAUAAGACGCAGGAGGAGUUAGCACGAAUGCAGCUGGAGAUAGAAAAGAUGUACGAGAAACACGACAGACAGCAAGCCGAAGUGAGGAAGGCGCAAGCGGAGACGGAGCGGUUGCGAGUGGAGGCUGAGAGCGCGCGCGAAGAGUGCGAGAGGUACGCGACCAGGUUCGGCAAGUAUCAAGAAAGCCAAGAACGGCAGAAGGAGGAACACGAGUGGGCGAAGCUGGAGGUGGAGCGGCUCCGCGAUCGGCUGGAGAAGGCGUUGGCGGAACUUGAACGCGCGAGGAAGGCCGAGCAGGACGCCUCGAGGCUGCGCGCCGAUCUGGAACGUGCGGAAGGGGUGCGAGGUAAAUACCAGUACGAGCAAGAGAAGUGGCAAAGCGAGGGUAGUAGGCUACAACAGGAGGUGGACAAGCUGCGUGAACGCCUGGAGGGCCGUGAGUCGGAGCUGAAGAGGACGCAGUCGGGCAACGCCGAGCUCGAGGCGAAGCUGCACGAGACGCAGCUUCAGCUCGAGCGGGCGCGCGAGGAGACCAACAAGGCGACUGCGGCGCAGGAGCGGAAUCGCGGCGAGAUCGAACGCGCUAGAAUCGAAACCGAGAAGAUACGCGACCGUCACGACAAGGUGAAGGCGAGAGCGGACGCCCUGGAGGCGGACAACGAGAAGCUCCGCGUCGAGAUUGUACGGCUCGAGAGACUGAUGCAAACCGAGGGUAAGACCAGAUCGGAGAGCGCGAGCAUCGAGGUCGAACGGCUGCGCGCCAGCCUCGACAAGGCGAUCGUCGCGCGCGAUCAGGUGGAGCUCGAAGCGGGCAGACUGGCCAAGGAACUCGAGAAGACGCACAUGCAGACGGCCAAGUAUCAGGAGGCCGCAGAGGCGAACAAGAAGGAGCUCGAACGGCUAGCCGCGGAGAUGCAGCUGCUCAGGGACGAACGGGAGGCACUCAGGCAGGAACUGAGACGGGUGCAACAGCAGCAGCAACAACAACAGCAGCAACAACAGAUCGCUGGCAGCGAGGAGAUAGCUCAUUUACAGCACGAGCUGCAGCUCGCUCAACGGGAACGCGACAAGAUGGCCGCGAUCCUCGAGAAUCGAGAGAAACAUUCGGAGAAGAUCGAGAAGGUGAAGGAAAAGCUCGAGGCGGAGGCGAAACAGCUGCAAGUGGAACGCGACCAAUUGGUGAUACAACUAGAGAAAUCGCAGGAGAUGCUGGUCAACUUCCAGCAGGAAUUGAACACGAACGAAGCGGAACUCGAGCGUCAACGCGAGGAGGUUCGCCGGUUGCAGCAGAUGCAGCAACAGAGGGUACACGCGCAGACGCCGGAUAGAGCCGCGAAGGAGGCCCUCGAGGCGCAGAUGCGAGAGGUUCAUCGGCUGAGCCAGCAGGUGCAAAACCUGACUCAGGCCCAGACGAAGGAACGACAGAGGGCCGAUCAGGCCGAGAAACGCGUGCAAGAACUUCAGAAGCAGAUCGUCUCGAGGGAUACGAGCGCGGCUGCCGGUGGCGUGAACGAGGCACAGCUCGAACAAUGGAGGAAGCUAUGCGAGACGGAGAAACAACGGGCGGACGCGGCCGAGAGGCAGGCUACUGAGCUACAAAAACGUAUCCAGAACACCGAGAGGCAGCUACACGCUCAACAACAGCAGAUCCAGCAGAUGCAGGUGACGAUGCAGCAGCAACAACAACAGCUACAGCAGCAGCAACAGCAUCCGCAACAAAACGGCCAGGAGGUCGCCAGGUUGAGAAAGGAGCUCGAGCGCGCGCAAGAGAACGUUAAGCAGGCAGGCGUCGAGCGCGAGCGGUUCCAGGAACAGCUCGAAAAGCUGUGCCAGGAACUGCAGAAAUAUCAGGUGGACUUGCACGAGGCGAACAAGAAACUCCAAGCUGGCGCCGCGAAGGCUGGUAUCGAUACUACUCAAGAGAGAAGACAAUUGGAGGAGCAGAGACGCCAAGUGGAAGAACAGAGAAAGCAGAUGGAAGAACGAGCGAAGUCCGUAGAUCAGAAAGCUAGAACGAUAGAGGAGAAGGAGAGGACGCUCCAAGGUCUCGACCAAGACCUAAAGAAACGGAAAGCGAAGAUGGAUCAGUUGGAGCAGCAGUUACAAAGAAGCGGUGGGUCGCCGGACAAGAGGUUGGCGGAAAUGCAGAAGGCUCUCGAAAAUUCCGAGAAGGAGCUGGAAAAAGCGAAAGAAGAGUCGACCAGAAGCUCAGCCGAGACGGAAAGGUUACUGCACCUGAUGCAGAUGACUCAGGAGGAGCAGAAUGCCAAGGAGAGACAAAUCAGAGAACUUCAAGAUGCACUCAAAGCCGCACAAGCCAAGUUGAAACAAGCCGCAACUGCACAGCAACAAGAGCCAGAAACCUCUGGAACCGCUCUCCAAAACGCCAGGGAACGCGAGGAAUCUAAGAAAAUUGAGCUGGAGACGAAAAACCGGCGAAUAUCGGAACUAGAACUGAAGGCAUCCUCCCUGGAGAAAUUGCUAAAGGAGCAGUUUGCUUGUUCGAAGAAGAUGAAGGACGCUAAGAACUUUAGCUUGGAGGAUAACGAGAGCUGGAAGAAGGAGUUGGAACUGAAGAACCAAAAAAUUGCCGAACUGAAGGAUCAACUGGCAGUCUGUAAAAGCGUGAAAAACAGUGACAACGAAUGCACCGAAAGCUCGAAAUUGAUGGAUGAACUAACGGAAGAGAAAGAGUCCUGGAGGAAGGAGAUGGAGGUGAAGAACGAACGCAUAUCGCAGCUGGAAGACGAAAUAAAAACCCUCAAGUGUUCGACGAGAGUGGAAUCAAAAAAAUGCAAAGACAACGAACCUAAAGUACAAGAUAACGACGAGACCUGGAAAUUAGAAAUUGAAACGAAGAACCGACGAAUCGUUGAGUUGGAGCAAGAAAUGGAGUCCCUGGAGAAUUUCCUCAGGGAACACGCAGAUACCGAAAGCGUACGAGAUCUAGAGGUCGUAAUCGAGAGGAAAUCGAGAAGAAUAGAGGAACUGGAGGACACUGUGGCCGAGUUCGAGGACUUUCUGAAGCAGAAUCCCGAUGUAAAAGAGCUGCAUGAUCUUCGUUGUCAAGUGACCGCUGGGAAUAGACGAAUUCAGGAAUUGGAGAGGUGGAUUCAAAAGAACGGCGAGAAUAGAGAAUCUAGAAUCAAUCAGGAAAGAGUUAUCGAAUUGGAAGAGAUGGUCACGCAGUUAGAAGAGUACGUGAGGAAGCACAACGUGGAUGUAUUGAAAAGAAAGUUACAAGAUCGUGAGUGCAGAAUCGAUCAGUUGCAAAGUCGAGUUGGGUAUUUGGAAAAGGAACUGUUGAAAGUCGAAGAAAACCAUCGAGAAAAAGAAACACAAAAGGACCAUGAAGAGGAAGGGGCGACUAUGAAACCAGACGAUCCUCCUUGCGCUCAAGUGAUCCAAUGCGCAGAGGUGCUUGAAACGGAACAAAAGAUGAGAAAGAUGGAGCUUACCAUAUUUGAGAAAGAUAACAAGGUUCAGGAAUGCGAACAGCAGAUCGUCGAAAAUAAGGAAGAAAUAACGAAACUCGAAAAGCAGGUAGCUACUCUGAAAAAAGAACUAAGUGAGUACGACGAUAUCGGGGUUCUAAAGGAAGAAAUCAGAGUGAGGGAUGAGAGGAUUCAACAACUGGAGGAUGAAGUAGACUCCCUCGAAAGAGCCUUCAGCGAAAGGAUCGAUUUGGAGCAAAUUGAGGAACUGGUAAAUGUGAUCAAGGAGAAGGAAGACAAGGAACGACAAUUUUCGAAAGAAUUGAUAGAGAAAAGGAACAGGAUCGAGGAGCUCAGCGAAGCUCUUCGCGAAAGCGUUGUCAUUACAAGCGACAGCGAGAGAAAAUUGCAAAACGAGGAGAAAAUGAAGAAGGAAGCUCUUCAAAGGAUAGCUAAGCUGGAACAAAGAAUUGCCUCGAUGCAAUCCGCUUCAGCGUUAAAGUGCAUUACUUGUCAACCCCUUCUUUCGAAACUGCACAAAUACGAGAAGAAACUUAGAAGUUUUACCGAAGAGAGAACCAUGCAACUCGAAGAUCUUCGUCAAAUGAAACGAGAAGCUCUGAAAGCCGCAGUCUCCGAGAAAGACGCACACUUGGCUCUGCUAGAACUUUCAGGGCUAAAAACUGUUGCUCAAUCCGAGCAAGCGGAUCAACUGAAAGCAGAUAAGAAGAGAUUAUUGGAGAAGUUGAAGAAAGAGGAUGAAGAAAGCAUCGAAUUAUCGGUGGAAUCCAGUCCAUUCUGUUCAGAGGGAACGCUACAACUACUCACGAAGGUUUUGGAAACAUCCGACGACGACGAAGAAGAAACAUCGAACGAUCGUCGCAGUGAUUCAAAUUCCCCAAGACCGGCUACGACGAACGGCGACAGUUGUGCUGAUUCAAAGAAGACAUCGAAGGAAUUGGAAUCGAGAAGCAAACGAGAGCUGGCGGGCAAGAGCCACCAACAGGAUAGCAGAUAAGUAGACCAGGCCACGUACAAUCGUAACGAAUGUAGAAAGCGGAAACGCUAUCGAUCUUCUUCGUUUCUUCGAUGUUGUCACGUGCACACACACACGCAACCGUAGAAGCCAUCUAGAGCAUUUCUAGAGCCUUAGAGAAAAAGCAAAAAAUCGGCAAACAGGCAACCAAGAUACCUCAUCGACAUCGACAGCGACAAUACAACAGACAGCAUCCCCGUGUCGUUCAUCAUUCAUCAUUUAUUAUCAUCACGAUCAUCAUAAUCAUCAUUAUCGUCAUCCAUCACUUUCAUCCACAGUACCAUCGUCCACGUUGCCCUUGCUACAAUUCCAAGGAAUCGGCCAAGGAGGAUCGUUCAGUGGGGCAGUGGUAGCUCACGAUCAGUUUUAUCGAAUUAAAUUAUACGUGGCUACACUUUUGCCUGGAUUUUCCAGAAUAUAAGGCAAGAUCGAUCGACGGAAUAACAUGUUCGAUCGAUCGGAAGCGUCGCUAAAAAGAACGCGUGUGUUCGUAAUUUGUAUCGUUUCGAUGUAGCGAGCGAUGCGUCAAAGUGCAGAAGUUAUGUUUUACGAAGCUCAACGGGUUUUUUCAGAGGAGUUUGCUCAUUAAACGAUAAAACGAAACAGGGCGUCAAUGGAAGAUCGGCUACACUUGUUACGAUAGUGUUUAGGUAGUUUUCCAGUAGAUGAGUUGAUUGCAUGUCCCAGAAUCAUCCGUGGAUGCUCUGUUUCUGAUACGAAGAAUACACGUUUGUUUAUUGGUUAACAUUAAUUUUUUUAUAAUUACGACGUCGAGUUUCGUUCGAGCGUAGAUUUUUAUCAUUUUUGCUCUAUAUAGACAUAAAAUGAUAUUAGAGAAGGUGAACACGACGUAAGGGUAGCAGAUCGUAUUUCAUCCUUUGGACAGGUGACUAUAAUUUGAAUAUCAAGGAGAAAAGACAGAGAGUAAAGGAAAAUAGAAUCACCCUUUCGCAAAUAUUCUCAUAAGUUUGAUAUUGAUUUCAAAAACUUGACGUAUAAUUGUCCGUUAAUAAUUAGGAGGAACGAGGAAGUUACUUGUCGAUCAACUCUGCGAGCAUCGUACCCCCUUCUGUCAUUAUUUUAUUCCCAUUGCCGCAGAAAAGAGCAAUCGAUCGAAAGAGAAAACGAGCAUACGAACAGUUUCACUCCUUUCUAUUUUUUUGGAUUUUAUGUCACGGUGUCCAAAGAUCGUCGUUGUAUAACGAGCGCUAGAACUCUAGUUGAAGGAAACCGAAAAUAAAGAGAUAGUAACGAACAAGUAAAAAACAAAAGAAAAUAAAAAAGAACGGAACAGAAGAUAUAGUUAGAUCGAAGAUAUAGUUAAGAAGGAAAAUAAAAUGCGCAGUACGAGCGAUAACCUGCGAACUUCCAUUGAAGCAAUGGCGUAUGCGAAUGGGCCGAUAUUGUUUCGAGGUUUAACGGAAUGCACGAGGGCGACUGAAAGGGAAAUCCGAAUCGUAGCGCUGAUUAGCUUUCAAGAUGACAAUAAACGAACGUUUCGUGCAUCCUCGAUGAUCUUGCGAUGCAAAGAUUAAAAAACGAAAAAAGAAACAGAGGAAGAAUGAAGUAAAAGAAAAUUCGGACGCACGAAAAAAACGCACUUUUCCCUCCCAUCGGAGGAUUCGUAGAUCUAUCGUUCCGAAUCUUCAACGCUGUAGGCAACCUAUAGAAAAUAUUGAUCGUGAAAAAUCAAGCACGAGUUAAACGAGAGAUUUUCUUCUAGGUUCGUAGAAUCAAAACUUUCAUCGACUGGACUACGUGUGUAUCGUGUGAUAGAUAAUUUAUGGCAUCGUUACAGAGGGUGUAAUGUACAUAUUAAUCGUGAAUUACUCUACGAACUUAUGUAUACAGUUGUAGAAUACUAUUAUAAAUGCGUCAUUGGUAUGUUAACCGAGCUACGAUUAUGGUAAUGCGUUUAGAGAACUGUUAACGCAUGAACGACUUCCAUAUAGUUUCUCAGCCCCAUUUACUCGUUUAUUUUAUGUUGACAGUCGUGCAAAUAUUUAUGGAAAUUGUUGGAAAGCCUUCGUUCAUCGACCGAUAGAACGAUAUUUAUUGAAUAUUGUUAUGAGAUCUUUACACGUGUAAAUAGUCACGAGUAGAUACGUAUAUCUAUAGAUGAGAUUUAGAGCAUUUAUAGCAAUUUCGUGUGAAGUAUGUUUACGAUUUGUUUUACAAAAAUCUGGAUCCCUCCAGUUUAUACUUAUUCUUCUUUACACUGUUUCGUCUUCUACGUCUUUUAGAUAUUGUUGCAACUCUUGAAAGUUCAUCGGUUUAAGCUAACACAAUGGCUUAAUUAUUUAAUUUUCUUUUCUUUUCUUCUCAAAUCAGUUAGAAGAAGCAUCGAAUAAAAAUGAAUAUCGCUUCUUUAAAAAUAAGUUUUUCUCUGAAAAUAGUCUAUAUGAAAGCAAGUUGCACCGAUAUCUAAUCGAGCUUCAAAUAGAAAGCCUAACGGUGUGUUGAUCGAAUGAAACGCGUCGAUUUUACUUCAGACUCGAUCUUCUAUCGAAAAAUUGUUAAAAUGAACCAUUAAUAUUACCAUUUAUUAUUCUGUACUACUAGUUCCAAAAAUAAUGCUCGAUCGUAUCCACGAAACCAAAGCAAAUAUACAAUUGGUACGAAAUCAUCGAGCGUUUUCUUCGUGCGUCGUCGAAAAACGCAUCCAGGACACAUGUAGGGCUACAACGAUUGUCUAGACGAAGGAAGGAGAUCAGAGGCGUGCCCUUUUUUUGAAGAAGGGGCACGUGUCGAAGAGACACCGGGUUAAAGUCACUGUUUCCGGAACGAAGUCGAGGCACUAAGCCCUUCGUGAAUUCAGGUAAUCAACUCUAUGAUCCCCGAUGAUUAUCAUAAACUACGUUCGACGAGAAAACGAUGGACCGAAGUUGUUGGACGCGAACGUACGUCGUCCGUGUAUUCGUAACGCGUUAUGAUAAUCGUCGCGAUCGUCACAAUUUCGCAGGAUCCGUUCUCGAGAGAGUAUCUUUUCUCGGCGUGCAGCGAGUAAGAAUUUUCAGCGACUUAUUUGGUACAGCACUGAACAGAAGAGCUAAGAAAGGAGGAUAAAACCCGAGGCACUAAAAAGGACAGAGAAACUAGAAACGAGUCGUUUGUACAUAGUCGUGUGUCGAUGUUUCUCCGAUAGCCCUGCUCAUGAUGACAAAAAAAAAAAAAAAAUAGCGCGCCCACUUGUGGUCCCCGCUGGUUCUGUACCCAUUCCCAAGCAUACAGCUAGUCUAGAGUUACCUGUAUUAUGUGUACACAUAGUUAUAUCUCGCUAAACGAAUUUGUCGAGCAUUUAACACAGUCUAACCUACGAAUGCUAACGCCAGAUGCAUGAUUAUUGUAUACCGGGCCGCGAUUUCGCGCGGGAACGAAGGGACACGCGACCAGCAAAGGAAGCAAGAGCACGUCCAACGAAACCGUGUAAAAUCACGCUGGAAAAAGCGUUAACGCGUUAACCAAGCCGAUAGAGACGGACGAUAAGUGGAACGUUUCGCUGCGAACGUGCGAUUCUUUCUUCGAGUCGAACAUCCCAGGCCAUCGUGUUGCGAAUUGAACGAAAAAUCUGCGAAUUAUUACAUGGAUGAAGUUCGUCGUUUCGAGCUUCGAAGGGAAAGGAAAUUUCAUGAAGGAUUAAAAAUACGAACGGCGCAUUUUUCGUCCAGUGUCCGCUCGCCGCGUAUACAUAUUAUAUAUAAAUGAAGUAUACAUAUAUCGUCGUGUCUGCCGUACGAAGAGUUAAGUGACAUGUUGAAAGUGUAAAAUUUUAUCGUUAAUACUUUAAAAAGAUGCUCUCUUUGAUUCGUCGAUAAAACGCUCUUUCUCGUUGCUAAUACACGACACACCUUUUUCCCGUUCGAUCUCUGACACGAACCUUUCAAACAAAACGAACCAUCCUUCCGAAAGACUUAACACUCGCGCGAAUUCUACUGACCUAGAAGCUAGAUCACGUUGGAAUCGAUGGGCAUCGGAUCGUAAACAGGGCAGACAAUCGUCGAGAACGACAUUAUAAGCGAGAAUUAAACGCGCAGCAAUACCUCAUCGAACGGCUUCUCUGCCCUGUGCAAUCGAAAGAACGGCGUUGGAAUUUUGGUCACCGACUUGCAUCCAGUCGGAGGAAUAUCUUACUUUCCCUCUCGGCUCGAGCGUUAUUAAAUAGCGUAAGACUAGCGUAUAGAGCACGCGGUCUCUUAAUUCGUUUCCUAUGCGUCUGUUAAAAUCACCGGCGCUCUUACUCAUUACACGCUGGCAGAAUCGUAGUUUUAUAAUUGUUUAAAGUAUAUUCGAUCGAAAUGGAACAAUUCAACGAACAUGAUGAAAGGUAAAGGUUAAAAUUUCUUUAAAAAAUAGUCGAAGGCGAAGACUCUCUGGUAAAAUUUUUUAAGACACUCUAAGGAAAAUUUAAUCCAGACAAUCGAACGACGACGAAACUGACCAAUCCAACCAAUAACGAUAAUCAAAGACACUUACUUCUUACCUGAUCUACUUCGUUUCUGCGAAUCCUAAUUUUCUAAGCGCGAAAUAUUCUUAUUCGAAGCUCUUACAUAAAGAUAGCUCGAGAUUAUUUCAGAGGGUUUUCGUUCUUCGGUUCUGAUCUAUGUUCUCCGAAUUAUCGAGUCGAGAGAAGGACAGGAAAAGAGAGAAGAAAUGGAAUAAAGGUUAGUAAACGUGUGCCACCGUCAUAUCAAGCCUAUAUCAUCGUGUUACAUUAUACAUAUUAUAUAUAUAUAUAUAAUAAUAAUAUAUAUAUAUAUAGCUAAGCAGAAAAAAAAUUAAUAUUAUCGUUAAUUGACACAAUUGUUAACGUGGAAUGACUGCGUUUCGUAUGCAUGUGUGUGUGUAUGCGUGUCUGUAUGUGCGUGUAUUGGUGAGCAAAUAAAUAAAAGAAGUCUUUCUUUCGAUCGCUCGAGAAUUGAGAAGGCCUGAGAGCAAGUUUUCGAAUCUUAAAGAUCUUCUUACUGGCACUCUUUAUUGUCCGAAAUAUUAAACUAAUCACUUCAAUCAGUAAUAAAACAAUCACUUUGACAUUUAUCAUCGUAUCGUCUUUAUUAGAGAUUUUAAAAAAGGUUGUAACCGUAGGAUGUAAUCCCGCUUUAAUAAUUGAUUAAUUAUCUUGAAUUUUAAGACUGUUUAACGAAUAAAUGAACAGGCGAAUGCGACGAAAAGCUUCGAUAUUACAACGUUCUAUUUAAAAAUAGUCUGUCCUCCGAGAUACAUUGAGUAUUUAACGAAAGAUAUAAAAAGAACGACUGACGAAUAUGACGGGCAGAAUUUCUCGACCAGUGCGUCGGGAGUCUGGCUAAUAAUACAAUUAACGCUAUUAAAAUCUCUUUAAAAACGACGUAUAACGAAAUGCGGCUUCAAAUACGAAUACUAGGAAGAGCGAGUUUCGUUACUUUCUCCCAUCUUCGAACUUGAAAGAGGAAUCAGUAACAAGAUGAAACUAACCCUUUAUUUGGAAACGCUAGGACAAAUUUAAUAAUUCCUUUUAGAUUAUUCUUAGAAACGUAUACUCUACUUGAAUGAAAGAUGGCCAAACUUCAAAAUCAUACAACUUGAUAGCUCGUUAGGCGAUACGAAUCUUUAGAACUCAUAAUUAACUACAUUAAAAUCUAUGUUUCUAAAAGUAGGAAAUAGAAAUUUAAGGGUUCCUUGAAACCAAGUAACGGAUCGACAGAUUGCCCAGCGAGGAAUUGCUAUAGGACAAGAAUCUGAGCGAGCAGGGCUACAUACCAGCCCUGCAGCUUGAAUCGUUCGUGCCGCACUCGAGUGAUCCUAAGCUGAGACUGUUCCGUGGAACACGAGCGAAAAUGCGACGCGAGGAGAGCGAGUAUCGUGUGAGCACGUGAACGAGGCCGUCUCGAUAUUAUUUUUCGACUCGACUGUUUAAUAUCUACGAUGAAAAAACGUUUUUAUGUGAAUAUUGCGUAAGGAAAGUCGUUGCGGCGUAAUCGACUCGCGUUGGAAUCGCGGCCAUAUAUCUAUUACAAAUUUGACCGAUACAAAAAUUUCGAUCGAUUUCCUUGCCAGUGGGCUGCGCAAUUGGCAAAAUAAUUAUCAGAAAAAUAAAUGCAGGCCGCGAAUCUCACGGGAAACAACGCUGCGACGGCGUCGCUCCUCCCGCCCCCUUUUUUUAUUCUCCAAUUUCUACGUGUUUAAUCGUUAAGCGAAAAACAGCUGAUACAAGCGACAGAGAGGAAGCGAGAAGUAAAAUGAGAGGGAAAGGGGAAACGAAAAUGAAGAAAAAAGAAAACUACGCUGAUGCAGCGAAACGGUGAAGGGAAUCGAGUAUCGAACGCCGAUUAACGUUCGAGAUCGAUCAUUAAUUAAAACACGCAAUACGAUUUUCGACCGUGUGUACAUACCUAAGAGAACGAUAAUAAUGCGUGAGUGUGAAAUAAACACGUGAGAGACGAGUGAAACGAGCGAGAAACACAGGUGAGAACGAGACGAGUCGUGUUAAGCCUAGUCUAUACGACGCUUAAUUAACCGAGCGAACCGAUGAUCGACAGGGAUCGAGGGAUCCUUUCGUAGUGCCAUUUCUUUCUGCGUUUGUUUCUCUCGAGCACGUGAUAGGAGUCCUCGAUCGACACGGAUCGCCCUGGGAUAAGAGAAAAACGACGAGGCUAGAAUAAGUUUAUCGAGUAAGCUAAUAUAAGUUAUUUAAAAAAAAAGAAGAAAAAAAGUAAACCGUUUAUUGAAGUACAUUGUUGCAACUGCCAUGCUGUGUGCCAUUAUAUAACGAGUCACGUUUGUCGUAAAAAGCAAAAAAAAAAAGAAAAAAAACAGUGUAAAAUGUGGAAUGAAAAAUCUCUUGCGCGCGUUCCCGUCUAUCUGAAUUUCUUCGUUACACCGCUUCAAAAAGGUGUCAUGGCCCGUUAGCCUUCGUUCUGCGUGCGAGACAUCGUUUUUUGCACAUUCUAAAACACUAUAAAGGCACUGAAUAACGUAAAGCGACCAAAAAAUGAUGAAGCAUAGGCAAGGAAAUCCUACAAGUUCAUGCCUCAAAACGCUUUUACACGAAUCAUCUAACCAAAGUUCAAACAAUUUACAAUUAGUAUAUCUAUUCAGAAUGAGAAUUCGAAGGUUUUCCCGAAGGAUAUGAAAAACUGAAGACAUUUUUCGGUAUAGCUUUUCGUAAUCUGGUUUCAAAGGACUCGCGUAUACUUGCCUAUGCGAACCGGCGUAUACAUUAUAUCAAAGAUCGAAGCACCAUAUAUAAAUAUGACUAUUAAUAUAUACAUACAUAUAUGUUACCGCGGGUGGGCACGUAUACGUUGUUUUCGUUGAAUCUCCCGAGUCUCCAUCGCAGACGAAGAAGAUUUUUCCAAUAAAAAAAAAAAAAAAGAAAAGAAUAUUAAAAAAGAAUGAAGUAACGGGCAAACAGCGCAUGAAUUUACAUGGAUUCGUCGCUGUACUAGGGAAACGUAAAGAACAAAAAAAAAGACAUUUUUUUUAAUGUAUCCGCCGUCGAUGUACAAUUAAUCGCAUGCGCGUUUAAUCGAUGUAACGCAUUCAAGAUGAGAUAAUAUCGCGACACUCGAUUAGAUCGAGGUCCCUUGACUAACGUUUCAAGCAGUGUCACGUAUAAAAACGAAACGCAAACAUAAUACAUCGUGGGAAAAAUCGACUAAGAAAACUUUUUGCGGUUGUUGCAGCGUUCAUUUCCCAAUAAUUCUUGUAUUAUUUAGGGAAAAUACCGAUUAACCGGUAACUACACACACAACACACAUUUGCAGUUGGCGAAAUUUUGUAACAUUGUCCUUUUGGUAUCUCAAUAGAUGAACGGCAUCGAAGUUGACAUAUCGAUUGCGAACAAAUCUGUACAUAUAAUUUCCUUUCUUUAUCUUUCACGAGUAAGCAGUGUAGUUGCUGAUUAAUGGUAAUCGUUUACAAAACUAUAUACAUGUAAUGAUAUUGCUAUUUCGUUUUACGUGUACGUAUCACUUGUAAAAAUGAUAAAUCUACAUUUUCAAAGAGAUAACUACGUCAUACACAUAACGUAAGACUAAUGUGUUCAUCGAUCAUGUUACAGACAUUAAUAUGUGUUGCGUGAAAACAGCAUGAUAAAAAAAAAGAAACACGGAGAAAAAGAGACAGAUCAAUAGGGAAGAAGUAAUUAAUUUCUUAGAGAUCCACGCAAAAAGGAAUUCCUACAUUCGUGAAACUCGACUUCGUGUGUCGCGACGUCUUAAAGAAAUAGCGAGUAUAAUCCAAUUUGUCAGUUGGCAGCCGACGGUGUGAGGAAUGAACGAAAGAGAGAGAGAGAGAGAGAGAAAGAGAGAGAGAAAGAGAGAGAGAGAGAAAAAGAAAGAGAGAAAGGGAAAGAAAGAAAAAUAGAGAGAGAGAAAGAAAGAGAGAAAGAUGUAAUUAAGUAAACCAAAGAUGACGUCGACCCAUCAUAGAUUCAAGCACAAUAAGGAACUAGUAGGGCCAGGCACAAUAAAAUUCGGCCGUCACGUUGUAGGCAGCGAUCUGUUAGAACGACAAGUCAUAUUAAGUAUCUAUAUAGCGAGACUAUUAAAUAAACACAUAUUGUCUAUUGUCACGGGAAGUGUAUUCAUUGUUAAACGCUGACCCCCUACUCCGAGACUUUGAUUAUAGACCUGGCAUUGAAUUGAAUAAAUACACUUAUGAAAGAA